AACGUUCGUGCAAUGGCGGAAAUAAGUUUUAUAAUAGGAUCCUUCUCUUAAACUAUUACUAAGAGCGACUUUGUGGAUAUUUAAUAAAAGUUAAAAUCCCGCACGGAACCACACGAUGGACGCGGAGACGAUCAACCGGUCUCAGCACAACCCCUCUCUCCUCCACGUGGACUUCAGCCCGUUCAAUGACUUCAUGGAGGAUAACGAGACCAACUCCACCGACGGGGAGCGGAACUUGAUGGGCUGCGUUCAGAUCCGCAUCCCGCAGGAGCUCUUCCUCACGCUGGGCCUCAUCAGCCUGGUGGAGAACAUCCUGGUGAUCUGCGCCACCAUCCGGAACCGCAACUUGCACUCGCCCAUGUACUACUUCAUCUGCUGCCUGGCUGUGUCCGACAUGCUGGUGAGCGUCAGCAACGUGGUGGAGACCGUGUUCAUGCUCCUCAACGACCACGGCCUGCUGUACGUGCACCCGCAGAUGCUGCACUACCUGGACAACGUCAUUGACAUGAUGAUCUGCAGCUCCGUGGUGUCCUCGCUCUCCUUCCUGUGCACCAUCGCCGCGGAUCGCUACGUCACCAUCUUCUACGCGCUGCGCUACCACAGCAUCAUGACCACGCAGCGCGCGGUCGCCCUCAUCGUGGCGGUGUGGCUGGCCAGCGUCACCUCCAGCAUCCUCUUCAUCCUCUACCACACCAACGACGCCGUCAUCGUGUGCCUGGUGACCUUCUUCUGCAUCACGCUGGUGUUCAAUGCCGUGCUGUACCUGCACAUGUUCUUCCUGGCCCACGGGCACUCCCGUCGCAUCGUUGCCGUCCAGAAAAACAGACGCCAGUCCACAAGCAUGAAGGGGGCGAUCACGCUCACCAUCCUGCUCGGGGUCUUCAUCAUCUGCUGGGGCCCGUUCUUCCUGCACCUCAUCCUCAUCCUCACCUGCCCCAACAACCCGUUCUGUAACUGCUUCUUCCAAAACUUUAACCUUUUCCUCAUCCUCAUCAUCUGUAACUCGCUCAUCGACCCGCUCAUCUACGCGUACCGCAGCCAGGAGCUGCGGAAAACGCUGCAGGAGCUGGUCCUGUGUUCCUGGUGCGCCGAAAUGUGACUGAAAAUAGUUAACGACAAGGAACAAAAUCGGAUCAAAUUGUUUUUUGAAAAAUUCACGUGCACGUUGUAUUUGAGGCUGAACUAAGCACUCGCCACUGAUGCUCCAGGACUCAUAAAGGCUUUUGCAUCAUGGAUACGUUCAUCCAAGUUUAUUUAUUGUUAUGCCGCUACCUACCACGUACAUUAAGCCUACGUACUGUGAAACUCUGGACAUUUAUUCCAAUAAUAAGGUUCAAAGCGAAGGGAGAACCUCAUGGAUGGGACGGAGUAGGUAAUUAAAUAAAACGGCCUAAGUGAUCAUAUUUUAUUUUUGUUAAUAGUGGUUUUUAUAUAAAUUAAAUCACAUGUUGUUGGUUGAAACAAAAUUAUAUAUCUGUCCUUCUUUUAGAAUUUUAUCUAUUAUUGAGACAUAAAAUAUAUAAUUAAAUAACAUUAAACGUGUUAACUGUAUUAAUACAGCAUCUCGGGCUUCGGUAAACUUCUUGCUGCUUUCUAUUAAACCUUAACGUUAGGUUCAAUUUUUUUAAACGGAAUGUUACUAUGUUUUUGGAUCUGUUCUAUCUGAGUUUGUUUUUAUCCGAAUUAUAGAGACAAAAUAUCAUUGAGAAUGACUAUGGUGAAAAAUGGAAUGCACCCUAAAAUGAGGUGAAACCAUUUUAAACUGUAGCUGCGUGUUUGAAUGAAGAAUCAAGAGCACAUGAAUACUGCUGGAUGUGGGCCAGAGCCACAGGACCCAGGAUGUGAGCGAAGGCAUCUAAACGGUAGCUUCCUCCAGGUUUUAUACGACUCAUUUACAUGAACAAGGGCAGUGUCUGAAAGUGUCUGAAAACAGGUGAGACAAGAUUCAGAUGACCUGUGAGCAGUGUUGUAAGUACAGUGGGUUAAAAGAAAUAACUUAUAUUAUAGAACAGGACUGACGUUUAAUUAUGUAAACGGUUACACUUCAACUUUCGAACAACUGCUCCUCAGUAUUGGGUUAAAUACACCCAAUUAAGACCUGUGUAAAGUUUCUAGUGAUGCUUAAUUAGAUUCUUGUAGGAUUUAUAGUGUAUAUCUCUGUUUUAAUACAGUAAUGCUGUAAUACUGUCUGUUGGUAAUCAAUCUGUGGUGCAUCUCAGUGUGUGUCCUGAAGUAAACCUAGUUUAAUGCAUAUUGUAAAUGUUGUAGGUAAAUGAGGACUUGAAACUGAGUGAAUCCAGGUUAUGUUCAGUUCAGAUACUGCAUAAAAACGUUACGUGUAAUCCAUGGAAAUGUUUACACCAUGUACCAUUGUCUGUAAUAAACAGGUCAAAUCCA